AUGGGUAUCCAGUUCCGCCUUAUUUUGAUUCACGGGGUCGCGACAGCGAGAAUCGAGGAAUCGGCACCGAGCCGUGGAUACAACUUUUUGCAGACUAGAUUCCCGGACGCCAUAUUACACGAGUACCAGUUUCCAUAUUGGUCGCAUGAGCAGGACUAUGGGCCAUCUGAUAUCAGCCAACAAGCUCGCCGCAUCUUGGACGAAGUCGCCGGUACCAGGAAUAAAGAAGAUAUGUUCUUUGGCACGCCGCACAAAGCCUUGGAUGUGGUCCCUUGGGAGCAACACAUAAUUCGCCUAUUGUCUAUUACGGAUGCUCUCUCAGAAAGCGCAGUGCAGCUAUUGCAGCAGCUCCCCCAAGCACUCGAAGACAUUAGCACAGAUUUCUCUACUCUUUCUCAUUACUUCCGGAUCGUCAAUUUUCUCCAGCGUAACGGUAUCGGAUCGACUAGACCAACAAUAGCCGCGGCUUGCGCGCGCCUGGAUGUCGCCAAGGAGAAUAACAUAGAGCUCGACUGUGAUCACAUCCAAUUCUGGGAUUUUGAAGACCGCGACCCCACGACUGAACUCAUCUGUGCUAAUCUGGUGGGUGUGACGAGCAUAGGCUUCGACCCCGUGAGACUUCAGAUUGACCACUUUAUUUCAGCUUUGGCAUCCAUUGAUCCUAAUACACACCGGCUCAGGCCGAUCAAGGCCCUCCCAAAUUCGCUCGACUGGGCUGUCAAGCACAAAUCAUACAUUGACUGGGUGGAAGAACCUAGAGCCAGCAUCUUACAUAUCACAGGAUCGUCUGGCUCUGGAACGACUGCCAUUGCGUCUCACAUACUACAAAUGCUUCUCCAAAAGCCCGACUCGGAAAGAGCGGUUGUGUUGAGCUUCUCAUUUAACAAACAAGACAUCCGAGCCCGGACCUUAAACAGCCUACUGCUGUCCCUGUGUCGGCAACUUCUGUUGGCGCGUCCCUCGUUGUUCCAUCACGUUAUAUGGACUUGCUCGUUCCUUAUACUAGGAGGGCUCAUCACAACUGAAACGCUAUGGAGUGUCCUUCGCUCACUAGCCAUGCAUUUCUCCCUCUACAUGGUUGGCACACCUCUUGUUUGUGUUAUUGAUUCCUUGCAUGAAUGUCAUGUCUCGUUGAAUUCUACCCUCAAGCAGCUGAGUGAGUUUAUGUCCUUCACUCAAGGCCCAGUCAAGAUGAUCCUUACGAGUGAUGUUUCCUUUGCGCUCAAGCCCCCACCAAAAUGCUCAUACAGGAUCAAUUUAAACAAUCAGCGUGAUAAUAAGUCAGCCGUGGAGAACUUCGUCCGGGCUAGCUUGUCGCAGCUCGCAAGAGAAAAUCGACUAUGGCGAGCAAAGAAUCUUCAGGAUCAAGUCAUCAAAAAGCUCUGCGGCCGCAAACCAAAUUACCUGCUUGCAGCCAGGAGCAUGGAUCUGCUAAGAACCUCGGCGACGCAGUCAACCCUUUCAUCCGUCCAGGCAGAGAUCGACCGGGUGCCUCACACCUUAAACGAGUCGUACAAUCGCUCAAUUGCAACAGCGUCGAUGGACGACUGGGUGGGCUGCGCCUUGCGAUGGAUUGUGCACGCAGUACGGCCAUUGUCGGAGCGAGAACUGGCCGUAGCCGUCGCACUGGAUAAAUCCAAGGACCAGCCUUUCGAACUCCUCAAGAAUCAUAUCUCAGUCAGCAUCACGGCGGAUCUUUUUCACAUCAUAGGGCCUCUGAUAAGAGUCAUUGAUGGCCAAGUUCUGCCUUUCCAUCGGAGCUUGAGAGACUACCUGUCUGAAUUCGACACUGCGGUGGAGCAAGCCAGUCGCAUGCAGAAUCAUGAUAACAGAGCUAAAGAUCCCCAUCUCGAGAUUCUGACAAGAUGUCUAGACUAUAUCGAGAGGUUGAUACCACACAGCAGCAUUGUUUUAGCUGAAAACCAACGACCAUUAGAGUUGUCAGACGCAAAACUGGCUCUCAUCGACUAUGCCUGCCUGUAUUGGCCGGAGCAUUACAAGCUUGUGCAGCCAGGGUCGAAGAUCCAAGCAACCCUCAAGGUUUCCCAAUUUUUGAUAGAGACAAGGCAUGUGUCUUUCUGGGGUAGAGAAUAUCAACAACGAGCCGGAACGUUGACUGCCAAGGGCCACCCCCUUGAUACCCGUCUCAAAGUGGUAUGCUAUUUUGGUUUGGAUGAUCUCCUUUGUGACUCUCUUGUCCACGCCAAGUCCACCGCGGGAAGUUCUAGAGAGCUUCAAGACGCUCUGAACCUAGCUGCGAGCCAAAGUCGCUCUACAAUCGUCGACAUUCUCGUCCGCGAAGGAAUAACAUCUAUCGAUGCGUUAGGCUUGGCAUCAGCCAGUGGAUUCGAUAACGUGAUGGGCCUGCUCUCAACAAGGAUGUCAAUUGAUCAGAUAGACUCGACUGGUUACACCCCCCUACAUCAAGCUGCCUGUCGAGGACACAGAAAAUCUGUUCAGUUCCUGAUAAGAAAAGGAGCCGACUUGGAGAAGCCAACAUGCCAAGGUUCUACUGCUCUUCAUCUCGCGUGUCGAACCGGACAGAUAUCGAUUGUACGAAUGCUAAUAAAGCAGCGGGUGAAUCUUGCAGCAGAGGACUCGGAUGGUUACGACGGCCUGAAACUGGCAGCCCAGGCGGGCUACAGUGAAAUCGUUCGUGAAUUACUCGACAAAAUGGUCGAUCCACUGAAGCCAUUGAGAAGUGGUGACACGGCUAUCCAUCUAGCCGCUGAAUUCGGUCACCCGCUCACGGUUGGAAUUCUUCUCAAGAAGUCGCCAAAUGGUGUGGAUUAUAUGAACAACAGGAAAUACUCCCCUCUUCAUCUCGCAGCAGCCAGGGGCUACGUGAAUAUUCUUCAGCAGUUGCUGCGAGUCAAAGGGCUUCACGACAUUCCCGAAAGAAGCCAUGUCACAAAUGAUGAGAAUGACACCACCGAGGGUUCGUUUGUCAUCACUGCCCACCAUAACCGCACGCCCUUGCAACUGGCAGCCGAGAAUGGCCAUCUAGCCGCAGUCCAGGAGCUCCUGGAGCCGAAAAUAGAUGACAGCGUCCGCAAUUGCAGCAUCGCGUUUUUCUUGGCCGCCGCCAAUGGCCAUGCCUCUAUUGUGGAGCGACUUUUAAAGCACGGCAUCAGGAACACCGUUGUUGACGAGGAAGGAAACACACCGCUUCAUGUUGCUGCUCGAGAAGGGCACGUCGGUGUGAUUUUGAUGCUCCCAGACACGCCCGAAUUUGCCGUCAACCCAAAGAACGCCAAAGGAUGGACACCGCUUCACAUGGCAGCAAAUUUUGGAAACUUAAGGACCGUCAAGGAGCUCCUGAAACUCGGCGCUGGCAUUAAAUCGGUUACCGACAACAAUGACACACCCCUCCUGCUAGCCGCGGCUGGCGGCUACCGCUUGACAGCUCGAGAGCUCAUUGAAAAGGCACCGGACGCUAAAUCUAGGAACAGAGAAGGCCGGGAAGCCAUUAAUGUUGCAGCCAAGAGGGGCCAUGUGGCGAUUGUGCAAGAACUACUCUUGGCCGGCGUUCAGCUGCAGUCUCCUUUCCAUGACGAGACACUGGUAGCCGACGCUGAGAUUUUACAGCUUUUGCUCGACAGAAACCAGUGGACUUGUACGGAACCCGACAACCGCGGUAGUAUGUACACGCCGUUACACGUCGCGGUAUUGGGAAACUCCCUGGCCUCUGUCAAAAUUCUACUAGGUGCUUCAGUCGACGUCAAUGCCAAAGACUCGUUGAAGAGGACACCACUCCACUUGGCGGCAGAGAACGGCUAUGGUGAUAUCGCCGAAGCCCUGAUACUUGCGGGUACAGAUCUGGAUGCAGAGGACCACGAGGGGUGCACCGCGCUAUACACGGCCUGCUACUUUGGAAAGCUGGAUGUUGUCCAGUCACUGCUGAAGUCUGAGGACGCCAAGUAUCGAGCAGACGUGAGGAAGCGAGCCGCGUUGCGUGGCUGGGCGCCUCUGCACGCUGCACAUGACAACGCAGAUAUAACCAAGCUUCUCCUCGAGGCGAAUGCUGAGGUGGAUUGCCAAGCUCGCAACGAUGGUUUGACGGCACUCGCAAUGGCGGUUUUUGAAGACUAUGAUGUAGCCAAGCUGCUUCUGCAGCACAAGGCGAAUCCUAACGUGGCCGACGUAGAUGGCGAGACGAGCGUACACUGCGCGGCCAACGGCUACGGAGGGCCUGAAAUGCUCGAGCUCCUCGCAACGUACGAGGCUGAUCUGGACGCCCAAAGUCUCGAUAAAACUACUCCUCUUCACCUUGCCGCCAAGGAGCAGGAAGAAGGAGUAGUGAGAUUCCUCUUGGAGAAAGGAGCCAAGGUGGACAAUGUUAGCGACAGAUACGGCACGGCUCUGAUCGCUGCCGCCGAGGGAGGGGAUGUGUCGAUAGCCAAGCUUAUCCUGGCAAAAGGCGCCGACGUAAAUGCCACUGGCGGGAGAUUUCACACGGCUCUGCAGGCGGCAGUGUCCGAAGGCAAUAGUGAGAUGGUAGAUCUGCUCCUGAAGGAGGGAGCGGCCGUGAACAUGCGUCACGAAUCCAUUGGCACCGCCCUGGAGGGCGCCAUCAAACAAGGUCACGUCGGCAUAGCCUUCAGGCUGCUCGAUGCAAAUGCUGAAGUCAAUGCAGUGGAUAAGAAGAAGGAGUCGCCUUUGCAGAUGGCUGUGCGGCGCAGCCUGGGUUCCCUGGUUCAACGACUCAUCCAGGAAGGGGCCGACGUCGACUGCCAGGAGAGUGAAGUAGAUUCGCCGCUGUGCCUCGCUGUGAUGAAAGGAGACGGUGAUAUAUUAGAGGCGAUGCUCAAAGCCGGAGCCAAUAUACCCACGAGGUUCAAAAACGGACAUUCACUCCUUUCGUAUGCUAUCUGGUAUAAGCUGCAUUCUCGAUUCCCGGUGCUUCUGGAUGCCGGAGCAUGGGAUGAGCUGGCCCUCGAGGACGCGGUCCGCGCCAGCGACGCGGCUAUGGUAGAUGCGCUCUUGGGUCUUCUCGAAGGGCCCGUAGCAGAUGUAUCCGGCAGAGAAAGCUUGGUGCAUCUAGCCAUUGAGAGGGCCCACGUGGAUAUCCUCAGAGCCCUUGACAAACGAGGAGCGGAUUUCCAUGUGAACGACAGGUAUGGCCGUGGAGUCUUGAGCCAUGCCAUAGACUUGCACAGAAACAGUAUCGUCGACUACCUUAUCCAACGUCGUGAUUCUUAUUAUUUCGAACAAGCUGAUGAUCACGGUCGUACACCUCUCACAUGGGCGGUGAUCAGACAUAGCGAUUGCCUCCAAGACCUGAUCAGAAUGACAAGUAAUCUUGAUGUCACUGACAACGAGGGCAAAACACCGUUGAUGUACGCUUGUAUGCAUGAUUAUGGUGAAGCCGUGCGCAUUUUGCUUGAACGGGGAGCAGAUCCGAGCAUAGUUGACUGUCGCGGCCGCGGAGCACUUUACUGGGCUGCUCGUCGAGCUCGCCUCGAACUAUUUGAAACGAUAUGCGAUAGACUAAUCCCAGAACAAUGUUACUCAAGUCACUUCGCAGGUGCCUUGAGCGCCGCCGUUGCAUCACGCAGGAGCAAUUUCAUCGACAGGCUUCCCUACAAGUAUCCCGGAAUUUGGGACGUGCCAGACGCGGAGGGCUGGUCGCCGAGAUACACCGCAAAGCAGUACGGUACUGAUAUUGCGCACUUACACACCGACGUGGAAUUUGAAGAGAAAGGUUUCAGCUACUUGCCAAAGCGCCCGGCGAGGUGGUCAGAUACCGAUCGGUCGCCGAAUCUUAGUGUCAGCAGCGACGGGAAAGUGAUUACCGUUUCUGGGAAGCCAGGCGGCGUCGGGGCGGCAUAUGCAGUGAUUCGCGCCGACUUUCCGAUGGUGCCUAUCCCAGAGCUUAAUAACGUCUAUUAUUUCGAAGUAAAAAUCGAGAAGAGUCAAGACCCUAGGAGUUGGGGGAUAGGCUUCUGCGAGGAGCAUGUCGAGCUUGAUGCCAUGGUUGGCUGGUACAAUGGCUCAUGGGGUUACCGAGGACAUGACGGCGAGGUAUACGGUGAAGGGUCCAAAGAGUCCAACAGCAAUUACGACGCCAAGUACGACCAAGAUGCCGUCGUAGGGUGUGGCAUCAAUUUCGACCAACACGUUGCUUUCUACACCAAGGAUGGAGUAGUCCUAGGUAAAGCGUUCACUGACGUCAAGGGAAAACUGUACCCUGCCGUUAGCGUCGAUGAGUGCAUGGUGGGCUCGCAGGUGUCGACCAAAUUUUGGGACGGCGAAACGACAAAUUUCAUGUACAAGGGCAGCCUUACGGCUCCGGAGACGCUGGCCUGGCCAGAAGCAGCACUUGAUCCGAUAGCUGACGGCUUGGAGUUGGAGAAGGAGAUGACGGAAGCUCCAGACGGCGACGUCGUGAUGUAG